GCUGCUAUAGUCCCGCGGUUUCUCUGUUCAAUCCAUUCAUCAAUUAUUGGAUUGGAAUAAUUCUACAAUGAAGGUGAAAGUGAUAUCGCGUUCCACAGAUGAAUUCACCCGCGAAAGAAGCCAGGACCUCCAGAGGGUUUUCCGGAAUUUUGAUCCCAAUCUUCGAACCCAAGAGAAAGCAACUGAGUAUGUCCGUGCCCUCAAUGCAGCUAAACUUGAAAAGAUAUUUGCGAGGCCCUUUAUUGGAGCAAUGGAUGGGCAUAUUGAUACAGUGUCAUGUAUGGCGAAAAACCCGAAUCACUUAAAAGGGAUUUUUUCGGGUUCUAUGGAUGGAGAUAUACGCCUUUGGGAUUUGGCUACGAGACGAACUGUUUCCCAAUUUUCUGGACACCAAGGGGCAGUACGUGGUUUAACAGCAUCUACUGAUGGUCGUGUUCUGGUAUCAUGUGGAACUGAUUGCACGGUGCGGCUUUGGAGAGUGCCUGUUGCUACUGUUAUGGAGUCAGAAGAAUCAUCUCAUAACUCAUCCGAGCCUCUAGCAGUUUACGUGUGGAAGAAUGCAUUCUGGGCUGUUGAUCAUCAAUGGGAUGGUAACCUCUUUGCCACAGCUGGUGCUCAGGUUGAUAUUUGGGACCAUGACAGGUCCCAGCCAGUGAACAGUUUUGAAUGGGGAAAAGAUACAGUUGUAUCUGCUCGGUUUAAUCCUGGAGAACCUAAUGUACUUGCAACAUCAGCCAGUGACCGAAGCAUAACAAUAUACGAUCUACGGAUGUCAUCCCCGGCAAGAAGGGUUGUAAUGAGGACAAAAACUAAUUCUAUAUCAUGGAAUCCCAUGGAGCCAAUGAAUUUCACAGCUGCAAAUGAAGAUUGCAACUGCUACAGCUAUGAUGCUAGAAAAUUGGAUGAGGCCAAGUGUGUGCAUCAAGAUCAUGUUUCUGCAGUUAUGGAUAUUGAUUACUCACCAACUGGUCGGGAAUUUGUUACUGGAUCUUAUGAUAGAACAGUGAGAAUAUUCCAGUAUAAUGGUGGCCACAGCAGGGAAAUCUAUCAUACUAAAAGAAUGCAAAGGGUAUUUUGCGUCAAGUUCAGUUGUGAUGCAAGCUAUGUUAUUUCAGGCAGUGAUGACACCAACCUUCGACUUUGGAAAGCUAAGGCAUCCGAGCAAUUGGGAGUUCUUUUACCGAGAGAACGUAAGAAACACGAGUAUCUGGAGGCUGUCAAGAAUCGUUACAAGCACCUUCCUGAAGUUAAACGUAUUGUCAGGCACAGGCACUUGCCAAAACCAAUAUAUAAGGCAGCCUCUCUCAGACGUAUUAUGGCUGACGCUGCAAGAAGGAAAGAAGACAGGAGGAGAGCUCACAGUGCACCCGGAAGCAGGCCCAAAGAGGCCUUCCGCAAGAAAAGAAUUCUUCAGGAAGUUGAAUGAGCCCAAUCUGAUGCA